AGCGGCCAUCUGGGAAGUGCCCCGCUCUGCUGCGCAGUUGACUACAUUUGCCGCCGUAUCCAAUUCGCUUUUGUUUCAGUCGCCGAAAAAUCUCCAUAAGACCACUGUAAAGGCCCAGCAUCAUGGCUACGUGUAGCCUGCUGAAACGCCGCCAACCUGAAGACGUUACUAGAAAGUUAUUGUUGCGAGAAACUGUAGGAGUCACUUAUAAUAGUCUCUCUCAGGUGCCUUCUGACAUUCUUGAUGAGUUGGAUGAGAGAGAGGAUCUGCAAGGCAUUCCCACAUUGGUAGCAGAUCUGGACAGAUACAGUGUGUCUGUAGGCACGUGUUGUCACUCCCCCUUCGUAAAACAUUCUGUUCUGGAAGAUGACGAGGAAGAUACAUUAUUUGAACUUUUAAAGAACCUUUUAAGCAAUCUCAGUAAUUUUGAAACAAGGAGGAGUCAUGAAGAAGCAACUGCAGAGGAAGAACAGAACAGAUAUGCAAAAAUAUUUAAAGAAUAUGAUGGAAUCCGGAUAUUAGUAAGGAUUUUAAUGUAUUCUUCGUGUUUACAACUGACAGCUUGGAGUAGAAAAGAUUGCCAAAAAGAUUUGAGGGUAAAAAGUGUAUGCAUGGAAGCACUCACAAAAAUUGUAUCUACAGAAAUCGGUGAACAGAUAUCAGACGAGCUGUCAGAAAACGAGGACCUUUUGGUGUACUUAUUUACCCUCCUGGCUCAUGACGUCACUGCCAUCACAGCCUGUGGGCUGCUCGAGGACCUGCUCCAGGCGCGGAAGACCACCCUGAACCUGACCAAAAUUCCGAACCUCCGAAGCCUUAUAGCCUGCUUUGAUGACGCAAAAUUGGCCAACUUCUGCCGCAUCCUGGCUGUAACCAUCUCUGACUUGGAUGUCUAUGAAAACAAAUCAUCCUUGUUUGCUCAGAACAAACAGAAAAGGACCACAGGCUUCAUCAACAUAAGGGACGUAAACCAAGACUUAUUACUUGGAUUGCAGGACCUUCUUCCCAGGCUAGUCAAUAUUGUUGCCAACCUCUACCACUCAUACUCCCCUCGCUACAGAAAUAAACACAGUGAGUUGGACUGUUGGAUGGAAUGGAUAGACAACACGCUAGCCGACUCCAUAGACCAACCAGAGGUGGAUGACUUUGCGGAGUUCAUAGGAGGAAUCUCUGAGGCAGCGACAGCACAUGGUCCAAUGAUGCAGCAACCAGGCGUGAGGAUUUGCUACGACCUGAUCAACAGAGUAGAGGUGGUCUACGUCCUUGGUCUGUUUCUAGUCGGAAAACACAGGAAGAAGGUACAAAGAAAAUUAGCAGAACUGAAGUUGAUUCCAGCACUCAGUAACUUUUUUGACCAGUUUAUUUGGAAGUGCCAAAUGCAUAGAAACAACAGCCGGCACAGGUUACGUGGGCACAAUGCAAGCUGCGAGUGCAGUCCAGAGGUGGCCUUAAAGAUCCAGUUCCUGCGAUUGGUCCAUAGCUUCUGUGAUCAUUCUGACUACAAGCAUUUAUUACUGUCCAGAUCAGAACUUAGUGAGUUGAAGAGGAUAAAUGAGAAGGCUGCAACACCUCUGGUGGUAGGAGAUCUGGAAAAUAUCAACACUCAGCUAAUGUGUAAAGGGAGCAAAGGACUGCUCACAAAGAUAGUGGAGGUGUUGAAGAAGGAGCCCAAUGCUUCCACCUUCAGGUUCUGGCUGGCUAGGGCUGUGGAGAGCUACCUGAGGGGCAGGACCUCUUACUGUGAUCAGAUUUUCUUACUGAGAAGGGGACUGCUUCAGCAUGUGGCCAGCAAUAUAGUGGAGUACGACAUCCGUCCCAAGGAGAUACUCCAGAGCAGCUUUGACCUCCUGGGAGAGCUGGUCAAGUUUAACUGUGAGGCUUUCAAGGCUUUUGACAAGGUGCUCAGUACAAAACAGAAGGUAGACAAAUUCAUUGCCACUGUCAAUAGAAAUUUGGUGGAUUCCAAUAUGUUCCUGAGGAGUCUGAUUUUAUCUCUGGAACACUUCACCACAAUACAGCCCGAGUUUGCAGAUUAUGUAACAAAAGAAUGCCAUUUGCUCAAGUACCUGGAUGAGUUUGGGAGGCAAGUCGACUACCUCCACCGCCUGGUCAAUAUCAUCAAUGUACAAACUCUGACACAGGAAAAUGUCAGUUGCCUGAACACAACGCUAGUAUUCCUCAUGUUUGCCAACCGCCGUGGAGAACUUCCAAAAUAUUUGUCUGCUCUGAGAGAGGAGAAGUACUGUCGUCCCCACGAGAAGAAGGGCGGCGAUGUCCUCAUGAAGAAUUUCAGAGACCUGCUAUUGUUCUGGCAGGAGCACUAUCUCCACAAAGAUAAAGACUGCAGUGCACUGGAGAAGAGUUCUAGAAUCAGCUUCGACUACUGGAAGAAAACUGUGACAUUAUUGGUGGACGAUGACCGUAAUCAGCACACUUCUGUCCUCCAUUAUAUCCCUCCAGACAAAUGCAGGGACAACUGAAUAAGGUCAGGGUCAGGUCAAGGUUAUGUUGAAGGUCAGGUCAAAGGUCAGUGGCCAACAUGUAUAGUGCAAGUGUAAAUCUGGAUGUAUUCCCUCUGAUGGGGCAGAUGUACAGAAUUAUGCCCCAGUCAUGCAUGAACAAUAUUAAUUCAUUAUUGUCAUACAGUGGAAUUUUAUCGUGGAAACGCAGACAUUUUUUUAUUGUCUCUGGACUGUCGCGUCUGGUCAGAUUUAUCUGUUGCACUGUGAGUAGCUGCUACAAAUGACUGGCUUGAGAUUUUUCAUUGGUUAACACUGUUUGCCUUUAGAAAUAGCCAUAUCAUUAAGUCAGAUUUCAGUGUGAAUUCAUGAUUAUUGUUGGAAUUCAGAGCAAUAAGUAUUGAGCCUUAGGUAAUUAUAACAUACCAAGUGAGUGAUGUUUUAGGCUGUUUGUGAUGUAUGUUGAAAAGAUUUGCAUUUUGGAAAUUUGCAAUGAGGAGUAGGAUGGCUGUUUUCAUUGUUUGUGUAAGUGCUGACAGUUUUAGUGUAUCAUGAUAAAAAAAUUACAUUUUCAUCCUGGGAGAGAGAAUUUUGAUGGAAGUCCAUGAGAAAUUUUGCCAUGUAUGUUGCGGGUCUUAUUUUUGUCCUCUUGUUCAAAUUAUACAUCUUGUGAUAAGAAGUCAUUGUCUUAAUUAUCCAGAUGCAUUCAACAUAUCAGCCAAUUGUAUAAUAUAUGCUGCAAUAUUGUACUCUGCACAGUUGAAAGGUCUUCUUUUCAUAGGUGUCUGCUAAAACAUGUCAGAAAUUGAAGUAUUGUAAUUGGCAGCUAGGUGAAACAAAAAUUCAAAAAUGCUUAGUUUACAUAUCUGUGGUGUAGACCAGAGGCAAGUUUGACUUAAGAACUUCUUCAAAAAUUGGUGUAGGUUUUAGACCAUAAAACUGGUCCUCUUCUGCUGAAUCCAUAAUAGUUAUUACUUAAAAUAUUGGUCUGAAACUUGCUAUACAGCAGGUACAAUAUUCCAUCAAGUUGGUCUGUUAUGGAUAUUUAUUUCUUGGGUCACAGGAAACAGAAAUUUUGCUCUGGACUAAAAGUUAAUACCAAUUUUUGUUUUAAGUUUUCGUGUGAAACACACCUUGGGUGGGAAGUCCAGUCAUUAUGUAAGUGUGAAUUUGUGUACACUGUAAAUGGUCUGUAACAUCCACUGUAGAACUAGACGCAUAUGGUCAAUAGGGCAGUUCAUGGUCAGAUUAUAAAUCUGACUCUGUUGUCCUCUAGUUUUGUCCUGUGGAUUUUAUGAUUUAUAUUGAAAGUAAUUUUUUGGGUUGAUGUCAAAAUUGCAUGCUGUGACAUUUUUUUACGUUCAUAAAAUCCUUUUAAAGCAGGAAUUGAGAUAUGCAUUUAUAUAGUAUGUCAUCAAGUGAUAUGGUAGACCAGUUGGCUAUAAAGAAUUGGGCAAAUGUCAGUUAAACUAGGGGAUCCUGCCUAUGAAGGGUACAACACCUGCUGGAAAUAUGAAAAUUUGUACAUUAGGUUAUUUCUUUUCAAUUGAUCUGAGAUGUGCAGUACAAAAAAAAGUCUUGGCCAGUGGUAUUUUAAUAUCAUUUAUUUAACAAUGCCUCCAUAUAUGUGAUGCUCUGAAUAUUUCAAUCAUUUAAAUUGUAUUGCACGGGCAUUGAGUAAUUUUUUCUAGUUAUUUUCCUUUUACAGUCUAGCAGACGUGAGUGGAAAAUAAAGAUUUUAAUUCAGAAAUUUUUAUCCAGGCAUAAACAGCAUGAUAAGUCUAUGAGAUAGAGAAAGAAUCAUUUUAAAGUUAUUUUAAGGCCAUGUAAACUUCUGUAUAUGUAAUAAAGGUGGAUUUUUUCAUUUGGUUGUA